AUGGAUGAUAACCUGGAUAAUGAUAGUAUACGGACAGAGGAUUAUGUAACAAAGUUUAAUGAAGCUAUAGACUUACCAAGUACACAGAGAACAGACCCGUAUCAACCGAUUCAAUCAUUAUGUGGAGAUGUGAAAAAAUCACCUAGUACAGCAACAUUACUUCCUACAUGGUGUACAUUGACAAAGAAAGAAGGGCAAUCAGAUAAUCAUCUAAACACUCAAACAAAUUAUGCCGUGAAUGAAAAUACCUCAGAAAUGCAACAAAAUUCUCUAUAUGCCAAUAGAAAUGUCGGUGAAGAGAAUCAAAUAGAUUCGCUAACCUCUUACCAGGUGAAUUCUUCUUUACCAUCAAUACAAAACAAUAAAAUCAACAAUUUACAACCCAAUAAUACUCCAAUGAAUGAUUUCAGUGGUACCAGUCUUAAUAAUCUGCAUUCACUGAGUAAACAAUCAACUGGCACAUGCCAUCUUGUAGAGAAAUCAUCUGAAGCUAAGCGAAUGAAUAGUUCAGACUAUAAAGUGAUUCGUCCGAAUAAAACAUUCAAUGAGAGUCAACUUGAAUCAAAAUUAUUCCCAGCAACGUGUAACACUUUAACAAAUUUUAUUACAACUUCCAAUACUACUGAUCAAAUAACAAGUAGAAAGACACAAAUCCUUAGUAAUAAUAAUCAUCAUCAACAACACUAUUAUCCACCGUUUCGUAAUCGAUUACCAUCUGAAUUAAAACAACACGAACAAUACCUUGAUCGUAGUAUAACAUCACAGUCAAUUUCUUUGCGAGGGAAAUGCGAUAACUUCAAGACAGACAGUUCACAGUAUAUGGAAUCUAUACAGAUAUCUGGCUUAACACUUACUAAAGAUGAAAUUGCUGCAAUUAUCAAUGAACGAGAUGAAUUAUAUGAAAUACUCAGAGCUAAUGAAGAAGAGGCUAGUGCACGGUAUAGUACAGAAAAGCGUUUAAUAACAAUGAAACAAGAAUUUACCGCAGAACAACAACGUUUACGACAGAUAAUUACUGCUCUAGAAGAGGAAUUGGAAGUUACAAUGUGUCGUCUUAAUCAACUGACAGCUGAAAGAAGUAAAUGGACAACAGAAAUGACUGAAAUUAAAAAUGAACGAGAUGAAGUGAAAGAAAAGUUGAAAAAUGCUGAGGAAAAUCACAAAACUGAAAUAUCAGAGUUAAAAAAUGAAUUUGAACAAAAAGUGAGGCAAAUUAAACUAGAAGAAACAAAGAAAUCUGAAGUUAUAACAAAAGAAUUUGAACAGAGGAUAAACAGUUCCUUGAAUGAACAAAUGGAAAAAACACUAGAAUUUCAACAAAAAAUAGAAAAGUUAAAUAAAACAUUGAAACAAGUAGAAGAAGAGAAGGAAAAUUUAAGACUUGAAAAUGUGGAAAUAACUAAAGAACAUAGAGAAAGGGAACGGCAAAUACGUUGUGAAUAUGAAGAAAUUCUAGAGAAUAAAUCAGUAGAGAAAGGUAAAGAGAUAUCUAAAUUAAUGGAUGUACAUUCGGCUCAGUUAAAUGAGCUUAUUGAACAAAUGCAAAAAGAGAAAAUUCAAGCUAUCAAUGAUAUAAGAUCAUGUUACACAGAAACUGUACAAGAAUUACAGAAUAAACUAACGGAUAAACAAACAGAAAUUCAGCGACUAAAUGAAACUCUAACAAUUACACAAAAUCAAUUACAAGAAAGUCGUAAUCAAGAAACUCUAGAAAAGUUAAAAGUUCAAGCUGUUGCUGCACAAUCAAAAGAAUUAGCUGAAUGGGAAAAAGAAAAAUUUGAAUUAUGGAAAAUUAAAAUGAAUGAAUUAAAAGAUGAAAAAGAUGCCUGCAUUGAAACAAUGAAACAUGAACUACAAGAAGAAAAAGAUUUAGUUAAAUGUUAUCAAGAUAAAUUAAAAACUAUUCAAAAGGAGUUUGACAUGUAUCAAAAUGAAUCAGAAAGAAAAAUAACCACUCUAACAAAUCAGACAGAAACGUUAAAAAUCAAGCAUGAAAUGGAUACGAAGGAAAUGCAACAAUUUUACAAUGAAAAAAUCUCUAAUAUGGAAGUGAAACAUACCAGAGAAAUUCAACAAGCUAUUGAGAAUGAAUUGGCAAUUGUUCAUAAGCAGAUGCAAGACAAAAAUCAAGCUGAAAAAGAUAAACUUUUAGAAGAACUUACAACUUUAUUUAGUCAAAUUACAUCAAAAGUUGGUAAUCUAACCACGGAUAUUUAUCAAACAUUAAUUAUUCAUAUACAAAAUUUAUACAGUGCCUCUGAUUUGACUUUCGAAGCAGAUUUGGAAAAACAAGUUAUGUUAAGUAAAGAAAUUGAAUUACCCAACAUGACAAGAAAAUGGAUUGUAAACAAUACUUCUAUUGAAGGGUUAAUUGAAUCGUUAACAAAAUAUUUGGACGAAAUAAUAAAUAAUUUACGCAUGAAUUCAACAAAUAUUUUAACACAAAUUCAACUACGUAAAGAGGUGUAUUUAACACGAAUUAAAACUGAACUGGAAACUGCUCAUAAUGCAGCAAAGCGCAUACAACAACAAGCUGAAAGUCAACAUGAUGAAUAUAAAGAAAAAUUAAAGCAUUAUCGUGCCAGGAUAGAAGAACUUGAAGAUGAUUCAACUAGAAGCAAACUAGUUGAACAAUUAAAACUCAAAGAAGAUGAGAUUGAAUGUUUAAGAAAAGAAAUACAACAAUUCAGACAAGAAAUGAAACAAAAAGCAAUUGAGAAAAGUCAAACAGAUCAUGGUGAAGUAAUAGAAAGUCAACAACCUAUUCGUAUAAUUGCUGAACUGAAAGCACGUAUUCAACGGUUAAGAGAAGAGAAUAUGGCAUUAAGACGGCUAUUGUUAAGACGACCAUUAUUACCUGUGAAACAAUCUGAUCAAGAGAGUGGAAGACCACCGAUUUGUCGACUACCCUCUGGUGUACAAUUUUCAUCGAAAUUAAAAAGUAAGGAGGAUUCAACAAACAUUCUAUCCAAAAGCUUUAAUCUUUCACAGACUUAA